CCACACUUAAUCCCUCCUUUAAUUUCCCCUCUGGAAAACAAAUCUUCAGUACGGCCAUCGUUCACCGUCAAAGAUCCAUUUUAAGAUCCGGAAUCCGGGCACAUAUUUUCCCUCUCAUGAUUCCACUUCACCCGCCUGUUUAUUCCCCAAUUUCUUGACCGGCAGGUAACUCAUUGAGUUUUAUUUUGGUUGAUUUAAAAAAGCUUGAUAUCCUACAGAGGAGGAUCUGUGGAGAUUCUUGUUGUUUGCUUUUAGUUUAGUCCAAUGGCUUCUAUAGGUAUGGUGCCUACUUCCGGAUUAAGAGAGUCUAGUGGAAAUACAGUUGGUGUUGAUAGAUUACCUGAUGAGAUGAAUGAUAUGAAAAUCAGGGAUGACAAGGAAGCGGAAGCAACCAUAGUUGACGGUAACGGAACUGAGACAGGGCAUAUAAUCGUCACCACUAUUGGGGGUAAAAAUGGCCAUCCCAAGCAGACGAUAAGCUAUAUGGCCGAGCGUGUUGUGGGGCAUGGAUCGUUUGGCGUAGUGUUUCAGGCUAAAUGUUUAGAGACAGGCGAAACUGUUGCUAUUAAGAAGGUUCUUCAAGACAAAAGAUACAAGAACCGUGAAUUGCAGACCAUGCGUAUUCUAGACAACCCUAAUGUUGUCUCUCUGAAGCAUUGUUUCUUUUCAACUACUGAAAAAGAUGAGCUCUAUCUUAAUCUGGUGCUUGAGUAUGUUCCGGAGACUGUUCACCGUGUUAUCAAACAUUAUAAUAAGAUGAGCCAAAGGAUGCCACUGAUAUAUGUAAAACUCUAUUUUUACCAGAUUUGCAGAGCACUUGCUUACAUUCAUAACAGUAUUGGUGUGUGCCACAGGGACAUUAAGCCUCAAAAUUUAUUGGUCAACCCACACACCCACCAGCUAAAACUCUGUGAUUUUGGAAGUGCCAAAGUUUUGGUAAAAGGGGAACCAAACAUAUCUUACAUCUGUUCUAGAUACUACCGAGCACCUGAAUUAAUAUUUGGUGCAACUGAAUACACUACAGCCAUUGACAUCUGGUCUGCUGGCUGUGUUUUGGCUGAGCUAUUGCUUGGGCAGCCUCUUUUUCCUGGUGAGAGUGGAGUAGACCAGCUUGUUGAGAUUAUUAAGGUUCUUGGCACCCCGACAAGAGAAGAAAUAAAGUGCAUGAAUCCUAACUACACAGAAUUCAAAUUUCCCCAAAUAAAAGCUCACCCGUGGCACAAGAUAUUUCAUAAACGUAUGCCUCCUGAAGCUGUGGAUCUUGUUUCACGACUAUUGCAGUACUCUCCAAACCUUCGUAGUACAGCCGCUGAGGCUUUGAUCCAUCCCUUCUUCGACGAGCUACGUGAUCCCAACACCCGCCUACCUAAUGGCCGAUUUCUUCCUCCACUGUUCAACUUCAAGCCUCAUGAACUGAAGGGAGUACCCGUGGAUAUGGUAGCGAAACUGAUCCCGGAGCAUGCUAGAAAGCAAUGUGCCUUCCUCGGAUUAUGAUGGGACUCCUUUCUUCUUAAUCUUCUUGACUGCAUCUUGCAGAAAUCUUGGGCUAUUGUAGAGUAGUUUGUUUCAGUUAUAUGAUAAAGAAGCCGUGUUAGGUAUCUUCCUCAUCCUCAAUGUUCAUUUGUUCCCAUUAUUAUUAUUAUUAUUAUU